GUUCAGUUAUUUUUAUACUUAAUAUCAGAAGAAAUUUUUUAUAUAAACUUUCACUUUUGACAAAAAUUUUUUAUUAACGUCAGUAUCACUUAUCAAUUAUCGUUUAAGAUAAAUUUUAUAUAUGAUUUAAAGAAGUAGAUCAUUUAUUUAUCGAUAAAAAUUUCAUAUUUAUGCGCAUAUCUUUUUAAUGUUUAAGUAGUUCUUAGUACAAUGACUUUAAUUGGGAAAUACUUUUAAUAAAACACUAUAUUUUGAGGUUAAGACGCAGCUGUGCUUAUAACGCGUACUAAACGUACAACAAACAUAGUCUCUCUCGUAGAGGCGUCAUUAAUGUAGUAGAAAAAACUGCAUCAAUCAUAAAAACUUUUAAAAUAGUCAGAGGAUCGAAUUAUUUCGUAUUUAUUAUAUUUUGAAAAAUAUAAUAAUAGAAUUUUAAAAAAUUUUUAAUCGAAAAAAUAUUAGGAGAAGAAAAAUAUUAAGGUAUAAGCCAACGGAUCUUUUUCAAUAUACUAUUAUGAAUAAUAAAACUUUGAAGCUUAGAAAAUAAUCAAUACGAAGGAAGAAACGCCCGCGCAUAUUUGAAAUUAUUCAGAUCAGCAUGAAGAUAGAUAGCGUGAUGUAAUGGGACUCCGCUCAUUUGCACGAAAUGAAGAGGACACAAAAGUGAAAGGAUUGACGAUAUCAUGAUUUGUCGUCUUUUAUAUUCAUAUAGAUGAGAAGAAAAAGUUUAUUCAUAAUGUGAUCAGGUUUAUUAUUAACCUUUUAUUUAGUCAUUAUUUAGUCGUUAUUUAUUCGAUUGGUCUUUUGGCUAUAAUCGAUUCGAAUGAACUCGUCCAGUAAUACGCUAUAAUACGUAGUACUUACGUGCCUCAAUUAUGUCAUCAUCAGCAAUUACUCAUUUUCAUAGAAUUCCCAAUGAACUAAGAUAAAAUUUGAUUGAUAUAUUUGAACCAUAUAAGAUUAAUAAACGUGACAUUUAUUUUUUCAUCAUUUACAUCUCAAAGAUAUUUGUUUCGAUAGAGAUAAUAUUCUUUUUGAAUAAAAAUUCAUUUGAGAGAGAGAAUCAUGAUAAGAAGGCAUGUUUAUCUCUUUGGUUAAUUUCCUGUUUCCGAUAUUUUCCACCGAUAAAGCCAGACAGGUUCUUACCAGGCUGUUCGUUCUUUCGUUUGCUAGUUCUAUAAAACAUAACCUAUAGUGGUUACAAUUUACGAGCUUCAGGUAUAUUCGCUGCCGUAAGCGAUACACGUACAGGUACAUGGAUACGUACAAUUUCUAUGUGUACGUAUAUAUACAUAUAUAGUCGAGGAUGUUGGAUGACGAUUGGCGGCUUGUAACAUGGCCGACCGAUGCGCAAGUCGAGUUGCGCAGCUGACAAAUUUUGUCAAACUUCUGUAUUACUGUAUGACUGUUAUAUAGAGUGUUACAAAUCAUUUCGUGAUUGAAUCACUUUGUUCUCGACUUUUGAACAAUGUAUCAUCUAAAAGUAUCGCGUUUACCUUAUUUGUUGUUUGAGCCUUGUGAGAAUAUAUAAGAGUAUAGAGCGUAAAAGCGAAAGGUGGAAGAGUGAGUGCAAGAUAGAGAGAAGGAAGGAGGCGUUAAAAGGAGGACUCGUUUAGAGGGAGGAAAGUGCUAACGUGUAGAGAGGGAAGAGAAGGAGAGAGAAAGAGAAGCAGAGUGGCCGAUCUGCUUAUUUCGAGAAACAUACCUUUACCUGUUAAUCGUUGUCAUAGAUUUUGAGAAGAGACCAAAUCAGUGAAUUCUUUCAUUAAGCAGUAAAAGAAAAUCGAAGUGGGAAGGAUACGAAUCAUAUUUUCAUUUCUAUCUUAUCGUAUCGAGACGAGACUAUGCACGGAAAAAGAAAUUCGUAAAGGUAACAAGGAACGAUCAAAGGGAGACGACAACGAAAAAUCAUAAUAACGAAGAUAAAGAUUUCUUUCCAUCGUAGAAACAUGCUAAUUCGUCUGUCACGAGGAGGCGUGACGAGUCGUAGGUCGCAAGAGUUUCGAGCACGAUUCUUCUCGUGACCGAAUUCUGAGGUUCGGGUGUGUACGAAGUACACGGUGCGUGCCUAAGUACGAAAUCAAGAAGAAACGAUUUAUCGAGAUUAUCCUCGAUGAGAUAUACAAUACCGCGUGCGAGUUUCUAUCUUCCUCUUCCGCAUUUUUUCUCGACACUCUAUCGCUAAAGAAUAUUAUUACGUCCUCAAGGCUAUUUUGGAAUAGAGUUCACACUGUCUGGUUGGUCCAAGAUAUUCGGCUAUGGUUGUAGCCAGUGGUGGAUGGGUACAAAAUGCCAAUUAUCCUGCUGCUCAGAAUAAUAACAAUCUGAGCUUGAGCAACAUGCAGGACAAUAAGAUGGCACCGAAAGUUGUCCUGAUUUGCAGGGACAACUCUCAUCCGUUUCAAGAACGUACGUUGACUUUGGAAGAACCUGUGAAAAUAGGUCGUUCAGUGGCCAGAGUAAGGGCUGCUCCAAAUAAUGCGAUCUUUGACUGUAGAGUGUUGUCAAGGAAUCACGCAUUGCUUUGGUAUACCGGUGGAAAAUUUUAUUUACAAGAUACUCGUAGUAGCAAUGGAACAUUCAUUAACAAUCAAAGGUUAAGUACUUCAGGCUUAGAAUCUGCAGCCGAAGAAGUAUGUUCAGGAGACAUAGUUCAAUUUGGAGUGGAUGUGGUAGAGAAUACAAAGAAAGUAACGCAUGGUUGUAUAGUAGCAACAAUAAAGCUUUAUCUGCCGGAUGGUAAAGAAGCUAAAGCUAGUCUUAGCACAUCUGUUACACCGGUAGGUAGUAAUGUUUCCUUAGAGGAUUUAUAUAAAUUGUAUCAAGUUAUACAAGAAGCUUCUAGGAGGGAAAAGGCGCUCAAUUCUAAACUAGGACAUCUUCAACAACUGGUAGAAAAUAUUCGAAAAGUUACUAAUCAGUCAUGGAAAGCAUUGAUAACGGAAGAUCGUUUGUUAUCAUGGGUUGAAACUGUGGAAAAUCAACUGGUUGUUUAUUCUAAAAAUUACACAGAAGAUAAGAUUAGAAAUGAACUUGUAAAACUUCAAGAGGAAAAAGCACAAUAUCAAAAUACAGCAAAGGAAGCAUUACAGAAAAUUUUACAAGAAAAGCUGGAAAUUGCUAAAAGACUAGUGCAUGUAGAAACUCAAUUAAGCGAAACUGAAGAAGAAAAUCAGAGUUUGCACAGUGUUUCAAAAUAUACUCAAAAUGAAUUGCAAGAACUUAGUGUCAAGUAUACAGAAGUACAAAAGAAACUCCAGGAAACGACGAAUAAACUUUUGGAAACUGAAGAAAAAUUAAAAGUAGUGAAGCAAAAUGCAGAACAAGAGAUACAAGUUAUAUUAAAAACAUUGGAACGUCAAGAGGCAAAAGAACAAAACUUGUUGGCAAGAUUACAAAAGUCUAGAUUAAGUUCAGUUAAUAUUCUUAAGCAGAUCACUGCCUUGAGAAAUUAUAUGCAAACUUUGCAAGAUAUGGAUCCAAAAUUAGUUACAAGUGAAAAUUUUGAUUCAAAAGAUGGGGAGAAUCCUAUUGAUGCUAUUAAUGCAAUUUUGAAUAAAUUAAAUUCUAUUAGUGCUGGCAAUAUAGAAAUGGAUUCUGAAAGUAAUUUUAAAGAAGAACAAGAUAAUCAAUUUAAUUUACAAGAUAUAGAUUCUAAUCAAUUGAAAGUAGUAAAUUCUGAAUCAUUUAGUUCAAAAGAGAAAUUAGAUGACUUGGCAGUGGGAAAUGAUAAUUUAACAGAAUAUAUUUUGCCGCCUCCAUCUAGGAGAACAUUAGUAAAUGGAAAUGCUAAUUUAGACAAUUUGGAUAUUAAUUCGGAUGCUGAUAUAGAUUCGGAUGCAACGGAUGAAACAUGCAGUGUUGCUAGUGAUGAUGUUAGCAUAAAAUCGACUAUAGAAAACAAGAAAGAAGAACAUGCCUUUGGAGAAAUUAAAGAGAUAUUUGUACCACAUAAAACGGAAGUUAGAUUUGCGUCCAAUGAAAAUGGCGAGCAAUUAGAAGUUUAUUAUGAGCCAACAGAACAAACAGAAAAGGAGAACGAAUUAUUAGAAAAAGCAAGUGAUACCGUAGAUUCUGAAAAGUCUUUCAGAGAAGUAGAGAAUAUAACAACAGAAAAAUAUGAACAAAUUGAAGAGAAGAAUGUCAACGAAAAAGUUGACUUAAAUAAAGACUGUGACGAAGAUCAUCUAGAAGGAGAUUAUAUUAAGACAUUAAAGCCUAUGACUAAGAAUGAAAGUAUGCAACAGAGUUUGCAUUCAAAAGAAUAUAUAUUGCACACUCUAAUUGGAUCUUUAGAUUCUUUAAAAGGUGAAGACAGCCUGGAAGCACAACAAGUGGUCAAGCAGGAAUUAGAAGAAUUAAGAGACUCGUUGAUUCAUGAACCAACUGAGAUCAUUAUGGAUAGGUUGAAGGAAUUGUAUUAUCGUGCGAAAAAUGAGGCUCAAAGGAUGCAGGAAGUUAAUGAAGAAUUAGUAAUAGUGAAAGAAAAGUACAAUGCCUUUUUAGAUGAAAGAGGAGAACUAUUAAAAAAAUAUACCACAUUAAAGCAACAGUGUGGUGAUCUGCUAAAUGCAACCUACACUGUGCCAAUACAUUAUGUUGUUCCCAUUGUAAUAGCGUUAGUCUGCAUGUUGCUAGAAAAAAUCUUCUAAUGUUUUUUGCUUUUGUAAAUAAUUUUCUCUAUGAGAAGUAAUAUAUCUCCUUUUUAAUUUUUUAUCUACAGUAAUAAUAAUAAUAUUAAUAAUAAUAAUAAUAAUAAUAAUAUUAUUAUUAUAAUAAUUAAUAAUAAAAUAAAAAAAAAAAAUAACAAUAUUAGCUAUAAUAUGUGGUGCAAUCACAAACUCAAGUUUUAUUCUGUAUAACUGUAGAAGUGGAUUUAGGUCUGGAAAAUUUCUAAUCUCUAUUUGAGAAAUUUAACGUUUUUUUAUAUGAUUAAG